AUGGAAGGAUCAAACGACAAAAUUACAGAGCUCGAAAUUGAGGAAGUGAAAGAUGGUAGUGUUACGGUACCAAUUCUUGAGAGAUUAAAGAUUCAAUUGAGGAAUGAUGACGACAGAGAGUCUGAAGUUGUAACAAGAAACCUACCAGCCAUUAUAGACAGCUUCAAUAAAGCCAUCAAAACUAAUUUGCAUGAAAAUACCGAGGCCUCUGAAGUAUUGGUCGGAAUCUAUCAAGUUCUUGUCAACUUAGUUGCUCGCACCGAUAAGAAUCGCGAUUUCUUUACUACUGAUUCUCCUGAGAUACACCAUUUUUGGAGACUAACAAAGUCUUUCCUCGACAAGCGCGACGUCUCAUUGCAAUGGUUGAUAUUCACAUUUGUUGGUCAAUUUAUAGUAGAGUCUUUGAAAGUUGGUAACUACAUGAGAUUCUUGCAUAGGGAAGGUAUUCAUAACCUGGUUUACCAGGACUUAGUUGAAGGCAAUGAUGACGCGUUUGACAUUACAUAUGAAUUGAUCAAAGCAAAUGCUGACGCCUUUGACGAUAGUGAUAAUUCGUUAAUAGAGGCUUUGAAAACGAAGUUUGCUCAUUACUUUCAAGAAAGUGAUGAUACAGAAGCAAUAGAAAAGUUGGUUGAGAUUGUUUCCUAUUCUGGACCUGAUAAAAAUGCAUUCAACGAGAUGCUCAGACGCUUAUCUCACGUGAAAGAUGUACCAUUAGCAAGGAAAAUGUUGGUUGCAUCUACUUUGCUUUUCACCAACAAACCGACUGAUGUACCGAUUGAUCAAUUGACGACCGCUAACCCUUACAUCUUUGCAGUUUGCUGCAUUGUUAUUGGAAACUGCAUCGAAAAUGACGCCACCAGAGAUCUGACUUUUGGCAUAGUUGAUGCCGAUUUUGGUAUUGAUAGAUUGAUUAAUACAUUUUUCCGAAAGUUUAAAAUAUCUGAUGUCAUCCAAAUCCAAGCCAUCCAUAUGUGGACGAAUUUGAUGGAUGCCAAAAUUGCAAAUGAAAUUGUGAAACUGCAUUUAGAGAAGGUUAUUUCGCUCAAUCAGGUUGUGAGUGAUAACGCUCAGUAUUAUCGUGAGAUUGCAGCGUUGUACUAUAAAUUUUUGAGAAAGUUACUCAUGUCAACCACUGAAGAGGUACUGACAGUAUUCAUCAGACAAAUAAAUCAAUUUGAUGGCAGUUUUCCAGAUCAAACGCGGGUAAAGUAUAUUCUAUUGCAAAAGCUCAAUUUCGACACAGAAGAAGCGCAUGAUGUGUUAUCACUGUUGAUGAAGUCAAUUGUAGAGCUUGUGGACCAACACGAUGUCCUUGAACAAAUCAAAACUAUAUCUAUUUUGAACCAGCAUAUUGCCUCCGGUAAACUUAUUUUAGACCUGUCUAUACUUGACAAAGCUUAUCUUCCCUAUCUUCAAGGUGUAUUACAACAAUUGCAUGAAAGUAAAAUGUCCUCAGCAUCAGAGGGGGAUGUAAAUUCGUGGCAAACAAAAGCUUUUCAAAAUAACUUGAAGUUCAUGGCAGCCACAACCACCAAGGUACUUGAAUUGAGAUCGAAUCGAACUCCUUCAACCGAUUAUAGCGAGCUUCGGCGAAUUUGCAAUGUUAUUCUCAUUGUGGGGUAG